AUGGCUUGUCACAGAUACAUACCCCUCAAUGCUCAAGAAAUUGUGGUGCUAGAAGAAGUCCAGCGUCAGCGCGUGGCUGGAAUGCCAGAAUGCGAUUGCUCUAAUUGUCGACCAGCAGAAGGUGAAGCUCUAUGGCUAGCGCAACCUGCGUUGACCACCGAAAACUUCGAUGACGCACUGAAGAUGAGUGAGGAAGGACUUAUGGAUCUGCUAGCCUCCCUGCCUGACGCUCCCCUCGCACCUACGGUCGAAUCGACACCUGUGGCAUUCCUCUGUGGGCCUGAUGACCCAAUACUGAAAUCCAAUGUCCUGGAGAGCCUCGUUACCCGUUUGGAUCUAGCGUUUACAGAGUUCUUCACGAGUAAAUUCCCCAAGCCCUGGGACUUAGGACCGGAGGACUACUUCGGAAGAGACCUCGCCUGGGACUUAGCCAAGAACAUCGACCUGUUCUCUAAACCAUGCGAUUUGGGAUUGGUCUUAGCUAGUGAAUCGACCCCGGGCCAAUUUGCGUGCUUGUUCGACACGUUCCUGAAGUGGCAACUCGAGCUGGACACAUCUUCUGCUAUGGAUGAAGCCGUUCAGCGAAGACACACUUCCAACCGACCAAACGGACCGGGCAAAGCGGCCCAGUCAACUGAGGGAGCUAGCCUUGCCAAAACACGCGCGGACGCCGCGAAAGCCCCGGCAAAAAAAACUCGCAAGGCCGAGCAGGACCGAAUUAGACAGGCAAAGAUGGAGGAAAAGCUUCAAAAGUUACAGCAGAAAGAAAGGUUGGAAGCUCAGAAAAAAGCGACGAAGGAUGCGGCGACGGCAGAACGUCAGCGGCGACUGGAACUGCAGGCUGCGGCUCGCGCGGCUGUUGGUGCCACCAAUGUGCGAGCGACCAGUCAUGGCUCAAAGCGAAUCGGCGUAGGUCACCCAGCCGAAGUGGAUCCGAAACGAAGGUCAUCAACAUCGGCAAAUUUCACACCUCAUCAGGGCACUCCUCCUGUUCAAACGACGACAUCACAUUCGCCAACCCCCAUUGAAACCGGGAUGAUCGACCCGCGAUUGUGUCAGCUCUGA